AUGUUGAGCUCACACUGCCAGAGAUUGAUUGUUGCCGCCGGGCUCACUGAUCUUCUGAGUGUAAACUGUGCACACUUGACAGCGUUCAGAAACCUGUGUUCGAAGCAAGCAAAUAUAUUCUUAACACAUUGGAUAAACGGAGGAUUUUAUGCACUCGAAUCUGCUUUUGUUAUGAUACACAGAAACCGUGUGGAUGAAAUUUUAAAGGGUAUAAUGCACAAGGAUACAUGUGCAGACGACUUAGACAAUCUUCCACGGAUAUUUUUGACAGGAGCUCACAGCGCAAGAAAUAUCUAUAGAUGUGAUGGAAGACGAGCAAUUGUUUUAAUUGGUCAUAUGUUUUUGAGAAUGCACGUUUUGAAAUAA